GUAAUUGCCUUUCGUUUUCGUUUGUUUUGUUGAGUUCUUGUGUCACUGUUUCAUCGAAAGUUGAAAGAAAAAUUGAGUUGAUCGAAAAAUGCCUUACAGCAACGAACACAAAACUGUUUUGCAAGCUAUUAUGCACGAAGGUGCUUUGCAUGAGGCUCGUGGAAAAGAAUUAGUUAUAAGGUUAUUUAAACAUAAUAAUACGGCACAAAUAUUAAGUGAAAUAAACACAAAGCUACGACCGUUAUGCAUGACUAUAAAAAGUAUAAAUUGCGAAGUUACUGGAGAGUUAUAUUGGAUUUUCGCCAACACAGUGCAAGACAAAACUGCUAGCUUCAAUUCCGAAUUUUCACAAGCAGAGUUAGCUCUCUUGCGAAAUGUGUAUUCUGAAAUUGUUACUUCGAACAGUGGCUGGGUAUCAAGUACAUUUUGCCUUAACUUAUGUCCAUCGAUAAAUCUAAAACUGAGCAAAACUGAUGCUGAACAAUUUCUACUUGAAAUGGUUAACAGACAAUGGUUAUGUUGCAAGGAUGGCAAAUAUUACAUGGGAGUGAGAAGCAUAGCGGAAUUAUUGCAAUAUUUUAAAGACACUUAUGAAGGAAAUCUUCACAUUUGUACUUUAUGCAAGCAGGAACUAUUUUAUGGUGACAAAUGUAACAAAUGUGAUGCUAUUGCACAUGUUUAUUGCCUGCAGAAUUAUGCAAGAAAUCAUAAUAGCUUAGGAUGUCCUAAUUGUCAAUUUUCUACAUCGAGACAGAAUUUUUCUAGUAGUAACGCUAGUGCCAUGGAUAUUGAUGAUGCAUGAUACAGGUGAUGGAAGUACAUGAGAAGAUGCAGUCUAGUCGUACCAAAAGGUUGAACCGAAGACAUAAAGAUUAAUGUAAGAUGCUUUGUUUAAUUCAUUAUGCAGGACUGUUUGGGACAGAUAAAUGCAACCAACUGAAUAUUUACAUACAUUUGUUUUUAUAUAAAAUUAAAUUACUA